UGUUGGAUAAACACUGAUUAAGUUAAACUGAAAAGAAGAAAUUUAUUACACAUUGAAUAAUUUAAAGCAAAAUAAAGAUUUUCUAAAAUGAAAGCAAGUUUAUUGGUCCUACUUGUGAUAGCAUGCCAAGCACAGGACAACUGUGAUAAAAAUGGAAAUAAUGUUGAGCUUCUUUCAUCAUCUGGCAACACUUACAUACGUAGUAUCUCCUCAGUGGAUAUUGGUGAUUCUUCUCAAACAGGAUUCAGCCCACUUGUUUCUUAUGUUGUUGCACAACUUCAUUUUGUGCCUAAUACUUUGUCCUGGGCGGAUGCACAGAGCUACUGCAGGACUAACUACACUGACCUGGCAACUAUUAAUGAAGAAGAUGAAACUCCAGCCUUAAACAUAUCAGGAAAACAAGAAUUUUGGAUCGGGCUGAAACGUCACAAUGACAACUGGCAGUGGUCAAAUAAGGAUGAAGUUACAUAUUCAAAUUGGAAAAGAGAUUUCUUCUGUGCUUUUGUGCAGUCUGAUGGCUCCUGGAAUGAUACAAUCUGUUAUGAAAAUUUAACUUUGAUGUGCUACAAAGAAACAAACAACAUCAGUGAGAGGUAUUUCUGGAUAAAUGAGAGUAUGAUGUGGAGCAGAGCUCAGAACUACUGCCGAGUGAACUACACAGACCUGGUCAGUAUAAGAAAUGAAAGUGAAAAUGAGGUGAUAAAGAACAAAUCACAGGGUACUCCCUUCUGGAUUGGCCUGUUCAAUAACCCUUGGAAAUGGUCUGAUGGAGGAAAUUCAACAUUUCGAAACUGGAGUGUUAGAAAUCCAGAUAAUUAUAAUCAUAAUGAAAAGUGUGUGGAAAUUAACUUUCAAGACAAUAGAGGAAAUGGAUGGAAUGAUGCUGACUGUAAUAUACCAAAGACAUUUUUCUGCAACAGCUCAUGUGGACCCUCAUCACAACAAUAUGUGUCACAACAGCUAACAUGGAGUGGCGCUCUCAACUACUGCAAAGUGAACUGCUCAGGUACCCUGAUGACUGUUGAGAAUGAAACCAUGAAUAAGAACUUGAGUAACUGCUGUCUCAAAUCUUGGAUUGGUCUUCAGCAUGAAUAUGAUAACUGGAAUUGGUCCAAUUCAGACCCAGUCACCUACACAAACUGGAAGCGUAACUUUUCCUGUGCUGUGCUCCAGUCAGAUGGCUCUUGGAAUGACUCAGACUGCAAUGCACAGAAUCCAUUCCUGUGCUACAAUGGAUAUAUGUUGAUGGAUUAUGGCGUCCUCACAGAAUUUGAUGUAACUGCUUACAGUGUCGGUCAGUUUAUCAACAUCAGCAACGGAUUCUUGAAAAAUGGUCCAGUCAAAACUGAUAAUAGCAGUAGGCAUUUUGUCUGGAUAGACAUAAGUAUGACCUGGAGCAGCGCACAGAACUACUGUCAAGUGUACUACACAGACCUGGCCAGCAUUAGAAAUGAGAGUGAAAAUAAUGCAGCAAUGCAGAAAACACAAAACAUUACCUCCUGGAUUGGUCUGUUCAACAACCCCUGGAAGUGGUCUGAUGGGCAGGACUUCACAUUUCAAAACUGGACACUUCAACAAGCAAACAUAUAUCAAAACAAUGAAACCUGUGUCAAAGUAACAAACAAUGGAGACUGGAAGGCAAUUGAUUGUAAUACUCAGGAGCCCUUCAUCUGCUCAGACACUAUCAUGAAUGUCAUCUUUAUAAAUAAAACUUCAACUUGGGAAGAAGCUAUGGAUUACUGCAGAGAAAGGAAUUCUGAUCUCAUCAGUAUCUCAUCUCAGGUGGAGCAGGACGCAAUAGCUGCACUGGUGAACACCACCAAUUCAACCAAUGUGUGGCUGGGGCUGAGGCAGAGCCGCCUGUUUGGAUUCUGGUUCUGGAUUGAUGAAAAGCCUUUGAGUUAUGAGAAUUGGGUCCAUGGACCUCCCUCACAGCUCCCUGCCUCCAGCCCCUGUGCCGCUAUGUCUCAACAAAACAAUUUCAGUUGGAUUAAUGUUUCUUGUUCAGACACAUACUCAUUCAUUUGUAGAUAUAAAUAAAACAUAAUAUCUGCUUGCAGUGCUUUUAUUAUUAUUUACUUUUACAUAAACAGCUUUUGCCAAUAUUUUACUCUGUUGUUGAACCCGGUUUGAGGUGUCAUCUCAAGGAAGAGAUACAUUAGUGAGUGUGAGUGACAAUGUGGCCUGCAUUAGAAUGGCAUUCAAUAUGGGGAUGGCAUCUGUUUCCAACACUUAUGUUAAACAUGGCACUGGGUGAAGGAUGCCCGAAUGGUAAUGAAUGAACAGAUAUUAUACUUGGAAUAGUUUUGCUAAAAGAGUUAUAAAGAUUAAUAAAUAUAUAGCUAAAUAUGUAUAGCCUUGUAUUCAAAUAGUGCAUUCUCAUGUGCCAUUUAUGUAUACCCUAUCUGAGCAAAUACUUAAUAAACCAUAUUUAAAUUGA